CUGGGCUGAAUUCGAAGAUCUUGCAAAAUGACGUUUGUUCUGAACAUGAAUCAGAGACAGCGCGCGUUGUAUGAUCAAGUCAAGAAUGCGAGUGAAGGGCUCAAUUUGGAUAAGCAGCAGAUUUUUGGCGACGCAGAAACACAGGCGGUUGCUGAGGCACUCAAAGUGAACACGAAGCUGACCUGGCUCUAUCUGCGCCAGAAUCAGAUUGGCGAUCCUGGAGCACAGGCGAUUGCUGAAGCCCUCAGAGUGAACACAAGACUGACUGGGCUCGAUCUGAGUGCGAACCAGAUCGGCGAUGUUGGAGCGAACGCGAUCGCUCAGGCAAUCAAAGUGAACAAGACGCUGACUUGGCUUCAUUUGAGCAAGAAUUUCCUGACCGACACUGGAAUCACUACAAUCAGGCAAACAGGCAAUACCAUUUGUAAAUUGGACAACCUUGACGAGCAGCGUGUUCCGUCGCCUGCCGAAUGGGCUCAGAUUGCAGCUCGUGUUGUUGCGAACGUGGCAGAGAUUCAGCAAUUGCGCUCCGAAAUUGCUGCCAAAGAGCAAGUCCUCGCUGCCAAGGACCAAGAGCUCGCAACCAACGUGCAGGACCUGCAACAACUUCGCUCAAAUCUCGUUGCCAAGGAUCAGGGGCUUGCAACCAAGGAUCUUAAACUGCAGUCAGCUCUUGAUCGGAUCGACGUACUUGAGCGCAGUCAGCCCGCCGGUGGAUCCGCGUCAAGCUUUGAUCAACCCAUCCCACAGGUGCCUCUCGCCACUCUCGUCUCCGCCACGAACAACUUUGCUGAUGAUUCUCUGCUCGGCGAAGGAGCAUUUGGUCGCGUGUAUGGCGCCAGUUUGCCUGGACCUCCCGUUGCCGUCGCCAUCAAAAAGCUGUCCGCCGAAUCGAUCCAACACUAUGCAGCAUUUCAGUCAGAGUUGAAAUCUCUAUCUAAAUUCCGUCACCCCAACAUCAUUGUCAUGCUGUCCUAUGCCGAAGCUCAGGAUGAAUAUUGCUUGGUGUACGAAUUCAUGCCAAACGGUUCUGUGCGCGAUCGCUUGAAUCGCAAAAACAACACUCCUCCACUGACUUGGUCCCAGCGGCAUCGCAUCGCGGCUGAUGUUGCCCGUGGCAUGCACUAUGUCCAAACCGCCUUCGCAGGCCAUGUUCUGUUCCACCUCGACCUCAAGACGGACAAUGUUCUGCUGGACGCGCAUUACAAUGCAAAAGUGUCUGAUUUUGGUCUUGUCCGUGCUGCCGAGCAUCUUGAUGAGAAACGCUACCUUCGUACUCAGAACGCUCAAGGCACAGUUGCUUACAUGAGCCCCGAGUUCCUCGUUGAUGGCAGAAUGACCAUCAAGACCGAUGUGUACGCAUUUGGCAUGAUUCUGCUCGAGCUGGUGACGGCAAUGAAGGCAGCUGUGCAACUGAAAACGGAUCUGCGCAAGGCUGUGAAAACCCAAAAUGUCAUUGGCAUGCUGGACUCGGCGCUCAAACCAACCGAAGCGGAGCAGGAGAGCAUCAACGAGAUUGUCACUCUCGCGCUCAAGUGUCUUGAUGAAGAUGUCGAUGAGCGUCCGUCUUUUGGCAGCAUUCUCGUUCAGUUGGGUCCUUGAUGCCAAGCGAAAGAUGCUGUGCUGGUGUCUCAGUACUUUAUCAAGAGAUGAGCGAGCUACUCCCUCAUUCUUCACUACUCUCUCUGUGUCCGUUUCCGUUUCGCCCUCUUGUGGCAUGCUCCUCCUGCAUGUUGUAACUGUUGCUUCCUCGCCUGUUCGUUUUUCAGUGCUCUUGCUUUUCACAACGAUUGUUCGUUUCUUUAUGUUGUUGCUUGUCACAAACAUUGUUCUUGUAUCAGCGCUCUUGCUUUUCACACAAAAAUCCACAGUGUUCAC